UAGUCCGAUGAGGCCGAAUAGGUGAAAUUGUUUGCAUUGUUACUAUAAAUAAUCAGGUGUUCGGAGGUAACGGCAUCAGUUUAUUGAGUUUGGUUCUUGGUAGAACAUCAGUAACGGUUUCAACGCUUAGCAACAUGAUCAAGAUCGCUGUGUUGGCUUUGGCCCUUUUGGGCGUUGCUCUGGCGUACGAGCAUCACGGCUUCAUCAGCGAAGUGAAACACAUCCCGUACUACGGUGGCGGUGGUGGCUUCGAAAUGGGCGGUGGUGGACUGGAAGGAGGAUGGAAGGAAGGUGGCGAGGAAUACUACUCGUACCCGAAGUACAAAUACGAAUACGGAGUGAAGGACUACCACACCGGAGAUCACAAGAGCCAAUGGGAGAUGCGUGACGGAGAUGUCGUCAAGGGCGAAUACACCCUGGAUGAGGCCGAUGGUACCAAGCGAAUUGUCGAGUACUACGCCGACGAUAAGAAUGGAUUCGAAGCCAAGGUUAAGAACAUCGGAGAACCAAUCCACGAGGGUGGACUGGGAGGUGGAUUCGAAGGAGGUUAUCACGGAAUGGGAUACAGUUAUAGCAAGCUGAAGAAGUACAACUAGGCGUGGCCAAGACUGAUGGAGAAACGACUGGAAACCAUUGUUGAAUAAAGAUGCAAAAUAUACCAAAACAAUUCCUAUCCUUCUCUUAGUAACUGAUCUAGUUGUUACUUUCCAGUACUCCUCCGGUAUUCCUCCGUAUUCAACUGUUUCAUUCAUGCAACUAGUUCAAGCAGUGCAUGGAAAAAUGUCUUCAUCCCAUCAAAAGAUAUUUAAAAAUAUAUCAAUGUGUCAUCAAUAUCGUUGUUUCCGCAGCUAACGACUGAGUACUGACAUUAUCUCAAAUGUCGCUUUUCUCACCCUUGCGGUGAAAUUUGACACCCGUUCCAUAUGUUACAGAUCGUCAAGCAACAACAUUUGCUACCAUUACCGCAACUGAUGAGUAGGUCCACAUUCACAUCUUUUCCUUCUCGACAAAGGAGGAAGCGGCAAUCGAACCGUACCGAACCGAACAAUAUAUGUUUCAUUAAAACUUGAGAUUGCCACGAAAUGUCAAUACGCUCACCACCACCGCCACUAUUGCGAGCACGCGUUCCCGAAGGACGAGUAUCUAGUAGCACUCAACUCACUACGAGUUGGACUGAUGCAACCGAGGAUAAACGCGGACGAUGACGACGACGGCAGCGUAACAUCUGCCACCGUAAGGAAGAAACUCAAGUGUUUGAACACGUGUCCCUCCGGGGGACCCGAAGGAAGCCAGAGUUAAGCCAGGCCUUCCAGCAUUGCCAGUUUAGCCUCCGACGACGGAAAGUUUAAGGUUCAUCUUGUCUUCACAACCCGUAAAUG